GUAUUGGUAUGGUAAUCGAAAAACUCCGACCCGAGAUUCCGGUAUCUGUCAACCGUCAAAGAAAGGGUGCAGGCCACCACACGGUCCACACCAUAUCUUAUCCAACACCAUCAAAUGGGAUCAACUGUUUGUAUAUCUCCGGCAACCUUCACCGGAAUUAGAUUAUCCUCUUCACGCAGCCGGAGCUCCAAGUCUUCAAUUUCCUUUCUGUCCUUCCUUACAAACCCUAAUCGUAAUUUCGUAUCCAAGCACAUCUCUUCUCUAUCAUCUUCAUCGAUGGCUUCUUCCACUCUCCAAGUCCAUGCUUCCUCCUCCACUGGUGCUGCAAGUGAAGAACUGGACAGUUCAUAUGCUGCCACUGUUGGAGCAAAUGAUUUGCUGAUUGUUGGACCAGGUGUUCUUGGUCGCUUAGUCGCAGAGAAAUGGCGGGAGGAACACCCAGGGUGCCAAAUUACUGGGGAGACAAUCACUACUGACCACCACGAGGAGCUUAUUAAAAUGGGGAUACAUCCAACUUUGAAGGGAGUUAAAAGGGACCAUAAGUUCCCUUACGUGAUUUUCUGUGCCCCGCCUUCUCGAAGUUCAGACUACGCUAGCGAUGUCGGGGGAGCUGCAUCACUAUGGAAUGGUGAAGGUUCUUUCUUGUUUACUUCAAGCUCAGCACCAUAUGAUCGCUAUGACAAUGGAGAAUGCUAUGAGGACAGUCCAGUAGUACCGAUUGGGAAGAGUCCCAGGACAGACGUCCUUCUAAAAGCAGAGAAGAUAGUACUGGAUGCCGGUGGCUGUGUGGUUAGGUUGGCAGGACUUUACAAAGCAGAUAGAGGAAUGCACCUCUAUUACUUGAAAGUUGGAACUAUUGAAGCUAAUGCUCAUCACAUCGUCAAUCUCAUCCAUUAUGAGGAUGCUGCCUCUCUCUCAGUUGCAAUUCUGAAAAAGAAACUACGCAAUCGGCUAUUUUUGGGAUGUGACAAUCAUCCUGUGUCCAGACAAGAAGUGAUGGACUUGGUUGCUAAGAGUGGAAAAUUUGAUCAGACGUUUGUGGGCUUUACAGGGACAGAUGGCCUUUUGGGUAAGAAAUUGAACAACUCCAGGACACGUGAGGAGAUAGGAUGGGAGCCGAAAUAUACAAGCUUUGCUCAUUUUCUUGGGGUAGCCGGGUAAUGUCUACCUCUUGUUUUCUUUAUUUUUCUUUUUUUCUGGGCAUUCACUUGGAUGGUUGAAUCGACAUGAAGAGGCGAACCUUUUGAGAAAGUUUUAUUCUUCUAAUGAUUUUUUGCUUGGGGGGUACAGAAGAAUGGUUAUGGUUACUUGUAACAUAGCAUGUAUUCAACAUUCUGUACAACUAAAUUGUGCUUAACUCUGGAUCUCAUCAAACUAGUACUUGUUUUCCUUAUUGAAUCCUUUUACAUUGAAUCGAUACAAUCUCAUUUGACUUG